AUUAUUCUUACUUGUUAGCCACACCUUAAUUCUCUCUCUCUCUCUCUCUCUCUCUCUCUCUCUUCCCGCUAAUAAGCGUCACACAGAAGCACUCUUGCACGCCUUACUCAAACCAAAGAAGGUCAAGUUGGUUGUAGCUAAAGUGGGUUUCUUCUAAUUUCCAUAAACCCAUUUGACCAUUUCCAGGAAUUCUAAAAAGCCACCCAAAAUCUUCCCCUGCCUUUUUCCCUUCAUGUUAGUGUUGUCAUUUGCGCAUUAAUAAGGCACAAGUAAGACAACAAGUGGCCUCUCACACACACACAUCAACAACGCCAACAAUGCCUGCCUUGAAACAAUUUUUCUGAAUCUCGCCCCCUCCACCCUCUCUGUUUCUCCCAUUUCUUCACCAAAAUGGGAGUAGUCGUGGCCAAAACCAGAGCAUUUUUCGCAUUGACGGGGAGAGCCAUUAACGAAGUCUUGAGCUUCUUCGUGUUCUCCAUCCUCGACGUUCUCGACUUCGUCCUCUGUUACGCUUACAGAGUCGCCGAUUUCUUGAUCGAGGCCGAGUGGAAGCCCUGCUACUGCUCGCCAGCCAAGGAGGCCAUGACGGGCGGCGGGAAGAUCCUGGUGUCCGAACGAGGCGAGUCGAAGGUCGUCCGGCUCACCUCGCCGAGCAAGUUGCAGCUGGAGGAGAUCUCGGACACCCUCUACGCGCGCCCCUCGUGCGUGGCCGAGGUGUCGAAAUGCACGGAGAGGAAGAGGGGGAGGGGGAGGUCGGUGUUUGCGGUCAAUGCGGCGAUCGUCGAGAUGCUGCAGGGGAAGAUUGGCGGGCAGAAAUUCUGUCCGAUUCCGAGGUGGUCUGAUUGUGACUGCGAAAUCUGUAACUCUUGGGCGUCUUCUUGCAAAGAAACGCUCUUUGUUCAUGCUGAUGGACCCAAAGAUAAUGUGCAAGAAGAUGUGCUAUUUAUCCAUGGAUUCAUCUCAUCAUCUGCAUUUUGGACCGAGACCUUAUUCCCAAACUUCUCCAAAUCUGCUAAAUCGACGUACCGGUUUUUCGCAAUUGAUCUGCUAGGGUUUGGGAGGAGUCCAAAGCCAGCUGACUCUCUUUAUACUCUGAGAGAGCAUUUGGACAUGAUCGAACGCUCUGUUCUUGAGCCUCGCAAGGUCAAAUCGUUCCACAUCGUUGCGCAUUCGUUAGGUUGCAUUUUGGCCCUAGCACUCGCGGUUAAACACCCGGGGUCCGUGAAAUCCUUAACCCUACUUGCGCCGCCAUAUUUUCCGAUACCGAAGGGUGAACAAGGAACACAGUAUCUGAUGAGAAAGUUGGCUCCGAGGCGGGUUUGGCCACUGAUUGCGUUUGGGGCGUCACUAGCUUGUUGGUACGAGCACGUCAGCCGGACAAUUUGCCUCCUCAUAUGCAAGAACCACCGAGUAUGGAAUUUUAUCACCAAACUCAUCACCAGAAACAGGAUCAAGACGUUUCUAAUUGAAGGGUUCUGUUGCCACACCCACAACGCGGCAUGGCAUACUCUACACAACAUAAUGUGCGGUACCGCAGGGAAAAUCGACAGUUACUUGGACACCGUCCGGAACCGCCUGAAGUGCAGCGUGACCAUAUACCAUGGCAGAAACGACGAGCUCAUCCCCGUGGAAUGUAGCUAUAACGUACAGUCGAGGAUUCCACGGGCCCGGGUUAAGGUGGUUGAGAAAAAAGACCACAUAACCAUUGUUGUCGGGAGACAGCAGGCCUUUGCAAGAGAACUAGAGGAAAUUUGGAAGAGUUCGAAGGGUAACUAAGACCUCUGGCUAUAAAUUCCAAUUCCAACCAAACGCUGGAAUUGACAAGCCCUUUUUUUUUCUUUUUUGCUCAGCAAAUAUUGCAAGCUUUCUCAUUAUCUUUUCUCCAUCAAGUGUGAAGCUUCUGUUAGGACUUGUGAAGGAUUACACAUUACUAUUAUUGGGCAAUGAAUGGUGGUGCAUAUCAUAUCAAUCGAGACCCAAAAAACAGAGCGGAUCGGAAACACGUAGAAUCGUAGAAAAACUGUUUUAUUUAAUAGGGAUGAAAACAUACCCAUUCGAAAUAACCUUGAUGUAUACUUACGGCGCCCUACGAGAAAGGAUGAAUAUUUAAGUACCCUCAUUUACAAAGUA